GAAAAUAUUCGAGUCAUCUUGACCGCAGAGCUUGCAAUUGGAGCUGACUCUUCGUCGAAUCUGAUCCCAUGAUGCCCAAAAUCCUACUUUAGGCGUCAAUUAGCCGUUUUGUGCUCACUCUUUGCUCCUAGAACAUUUUGAUCGCAAAAUUCGCCUUCAAUGGCUCUGCGAAAGCUUACAUUCCCACGCUUGCUUCUGAACGCUGGGCAGCAAGUACGAAAUUAUGCAGCACCUGGUGAGGGUACAAUACCACCUACUAAGCAGAAAUAUGUUCCUACCAGCGGUACGUAUCCUAAAGGUUUCCUUGCUGCCAGUGCGCAUGUAGGGGUAAAGGCGUCAAACACGAAAUUUGACGAUCUUGCUUUGGUGGCUUCGGAGACACCAUGUGCGGGUGCCGCUGUCUUUACAAGAAACAAGUUUCAAGCAGCGCCAGUGACUGUGUCCAGAGAAAUGCUCCAAAGAAGGAGGGGUAACGGUAUCAGGGCUGUUAUCGUCAACUCUGGAUGUGCGAAUGCUGUCACCGGUAAAGGCGGGUUAGAAGACGCUAUCAAAAUGGCAGAGGAGACAGACAGAUGUUUUGAUGAAAAUUACAGCAAGGACGAUGGUGGUUCGAGGACCGUGGUUAUGAGCACCGGAGUCAUAGGCCAAAGGCUUCCGAUAGGAAAGAUACUAAGCAAGAUACCUACCGUUCACGCGGAUUUGGGUUCGUCCCAUGCUCACUGGUUGAAAGCGGCGCGGGCGAUUUGCACGACGGAUACAUUUCCCAAACUCCUCUCGCGCACAUUCCACCUUCCAAACUCAGAUGCCACCUAUCGAAUAGUUGGCAUGACAAAGGGUGCAGGUAUGAUCCAUCCAAAUAUGGCAACACUACUGGGCAUAAUAUGCACGGAUGCUCCGAUCGCGAAUCCAGCGCUGUCGACUUUACUCACGUCCGCGGUUGAAAAGUCAUUCAAUAGCAUCUCGAUUGACGGAGAUACGAGCACAAACGACACAGUGGCAAUACUUGCCAAUGGUGCCGCUGGCGGUCCGGUCAUAGGCGAUAAGAAUAGCCCUGGUUACACCGUUAUGCAAGAGACCUUGACGAAGUUCGCCAAGGAUCUUUCGCAGUUGGUUGUCCGCGACGGCGAAGGAGCUACUAAAUUUGUGGCUAUUAGGGUUAUCAAUGCAAGGUCAUAUCAAGAUGCAAAACGGGUCGCCUCGACUAUUGCACGAUCACCUCUGGUAAAGACGGCACUUUAUGGGAAGGACGCCAACUGGGGUCGUAUCCUGUGCGCAACUGGCUAUGCCGAAGGUGUGGAGGGAGUUGUACCAACGGAGACUAGCGUCAGCUUCAUCCCAACAGAUGGCAGCGCAGAGCUCAAAUUACUUGUAAAUGGUGAACCUCAAAAUGUCGACGAAGCUCGAGCUGCAGAGAUUCUAGAAGCUGAAGACCUUGAAAUCUUGGUAAAGCUGAGUGACCAAUCCGGAGAGGAAGCGACAUACUGGACCUGUGACUUCAGCCAUGAAUAUGUCACAAUCAACGGCGAUUAUCGAACGUGAAGUUCUUUUCCACGUUUUGUGACAGGAUCCUUAUCAAGGAUUUCGAAGUUCAAUUUAGGGGAAUGAGCGUAUGAAUAGAAAGUCGAAAACAUCUGCAGAGGAAGGCUACGGGGAGAUGGUGGUUAAAUUCGUAAUACCCAGUUAAUACCCUCAAAACCUUAUUCCGACCUAUGCCUUCACAAUUUUUUCUUCGUCUUUUGCAUUCGAUAAUACUCAUACUUUUCCACUUUGCUUUGAUUCCCCACAGCUGACUGUUCCAGUCUUGCAGGUAGCCGCGGGUCUUCAACCAUACUAAAUUCCGUA